AUGUUAACGCCAUUUCUAACUUCCCUAUCAAACGAUUUUGGACAUCUACUCGAAGAAGGAGAUGACUAUAAUGUGAUUGUGCACGCGGGUGAAGAACCAAACGACAAAACAUUUUUGGCCCAUUCGGUCGUAUUGCGCGCUAGAUCUUCGUAUUUUAGACGUGCACUGUCAAAAGAAUGGGCUCGUACCGAAGAAAACGGAAUGAUUGUAUUUAAAAAACCAAAUAUUUCGCAAUCGAUCUUUGAGAUUAUUUUAAAAUAUAUGUAUACGGGUAUAAUUACACUCGACAAUAAAGACGGAACAGACCUCUUAAAACUUUUAGUUGCAGCCGACGAACUCUUUCUACAAGAACUCCAUGAUCACGUGCAGUCGCAUCUUCUUGAAUGCCGAGAAGCAUGGCUACGUCACAAUUUCGUUCUAGUCCACCAAACGAUCUCUCAGUUAGCAGCCUCAAAAGAAUUGCAAUCAUUUUGCCACCUGGUUAUUUCCAAACACCCACAAGUAGUAUUCAAAGCCAAAGAUUUCGUCACAAUCGAAGAGGAGACAUUACUUCAUUUGCUUGAACGUGACGAUCUUGAUAUGGAAGAAAUCGAAGUAUGGGAACGCGUUCUAGAUUGGGGAGUUGCUCAAAAUUCACCAAAUUUAGAUCACUGUCGCGCGCAAUGGAAAACGGAAGAUUAUUCUCUCCUACGUGAAACAAUAGCAAAUUAUAUUCCUCUUGUGAGAUUUUUCCGAAUUCCAUCUGCUGAUUUUUAUAACCGCGUACGAGCAUACAAAGAAAUUAUUCAACCAGAGUUAUUUGAAACAAUUGAAAGCUUUCAUUUUAAAACUGGUAUUCAACUAAAAUCGGAUCAACUACUACCGGCUCGUUUCAAAGGAAUAAAGUCCUCAAUUAUUGAAGAGAAACACGCAUCGCUGAUAGCGAGCUGGAUUGAUGGCGGUGAUUCUGUCGCAUUUUCAAAUCACGGCGAGAAUCCAUAUGAAUUUAAUCUUUUGCUACGUGGGAGCAGAGACGGAUUCUCUGCGACAACUUUUCAUGCUAGAUGUGAUAACGCAGGCGCGACGGUGGUUCUUUUAAAAGUCGAUAGAUCAACACAUAUUCUUGGCGGGUAUAGUCCUGUUCCGUGGGGAUCCACUAAUAGUUGGCGGUACACACGAGAUUCGUUUAUAUUUGAUUUUAAACGGGAAGUUAGUAGUAAAGUUAGCUGUAAAAUUAGCAGAGUCAUCCCAAGGAAUGCGCAUUAUGCUGUUAAUGAUUCACAGGAGCGUGGUCCGUGUUUCGGAGAUGGAGAUCUUUGGAUGAAUGAUAAGUUUAAUCAGCCUGAUAGUUGCUCAUGCAACAGAGACUCGUACGACCAAAGUAUCGGCGACAUUUCUUGGGAAUCGUGGACGCAGCGAACUGGUAACUUCCAGGUUGAAGACUACGAG